AUCGGGAAUUAGGGCCAAUUUAGAUAUUGGAGGACGAGCCACCGACCGAGUCCAGACUCCACCUAAACCCGGGUCGAUUCGGGUAACCAACCACCGGUCAGUGGCUCCGGCCGUCGUCGUCGGGCUUCGUCUCUCUUGUUUUUCCAGUUGGAGACGAGAAGAGAGUGAAGAAGGCAUAGUCUUCGCGCAAUGUCCUCCGAUUCUAGUUCCCCGUCGCCGCCGUUGACCGCCACAUUUUCCGAUGGCGAUCAAAUUCCGGACCCCGAACGCAACCCUAACCUCACCCCCAACUCAAUCGAUCAGUCUCUGGAUGCUAUAGAGAACCAACUAGCUUCUAUUUCCAUGUCCCAGUCCGAACUGGAUUUAGAAACGGAGCUCGAUUUCGGCGCGCAUGAGAAGUCGCAGCUGAAGGAGGUUAGAAAUGGAUCUUACAAGCAGGAAACAACAGAUUCUGGCGCUGAAGAGGAGACUGCUUUGCGGAAUGCCCAUGCAGAGGCGAGCUCAUCCAGAGAAGGAAGUGCUUUUAUUUGGAGGAGCAAUUCGGAGGUGGAUGAAACGGAGGCGCUGCCAAGUCCAAGUAGCAGUGCUUAUGCGGGCGAGAGGGGGAGUAGCGGCUCCAGCAGCAGGGGCUCUGGAAUUGGAGAUGAGAUUCAUGAAGUUGGUAACCACGACUCGGCCGAUGGAGUAUCAGAGUGUAAUGCACAGCGAGCUCCCGGAAAACGCCAUGGAGAUGAGGAUGAUACUUCGAUUUCUUGGAGAAAAAGGAAGAAACACUUCUUUAUUUUGAGUAACUCGGGGAAACCAAUAUAUUCCAGAUAUGGAGAUGAGCACAAAUUAGCUGGAUUCUCUGCCACUUUGCAAGCCAUCAUUUCCUUUGUAGAAAAUGGGGGCGAUAGAGUCAACUUGAUUAGAGCAGGGAAACACCAGGUGGCUUUUCUUGUCAAAGGACCUAUUUACUUAGUUUGCAUAAGCUGCACAGAGGAGCCUUAUGAAUCACUAAGGGGACAAUUGGAGCUGCUAUAUGGUCAGAUGAUUCUUAUUCUUACAAAAUCAGUGAAUAGAUGUUUUGAGAAGAAUCCAAAAUUUGAUAUGACACCUUUACUGGGAGGAACAGAUGUUGUCUUCUCUUCUCUUAUUCAUUCCUUCAGUUGGAACCCUGGAACAUUUCUUCAUGCAUACACAUGCCUCCCUCUUGCUUAUGAGACAAGGCAAGUUGCUGGUGCAAUAUUGCAAGAUGUUGCAGAUUCUGGUGUCUUAUUUGCCAUAUUGAUGUGCAAACACAAGGUAAUUAGUAUUGUUGGUGCACAGAAAGCGUCACUGCAUGCGGAUGAUAUGCUUUUGCUCUCCAACUUUGUCAUGUCUUUUGAAUCAUUUAGAACAUCUGAAAGCUUUUCACCAAUUUGUUUGCCAAGAUACAACCCCAUGGCAUUUUUAUAUGCUUAUGUGCAUUAUCUUGAUGUUAAUACCUACCUAAUGUUGCUUACCACAAAUUCAGAUGACUUUUUCCAUCUGAAAGACUGCAGGAUUAGUAUCGAACAGGUUCUUUUGAAGUCCAAUGUACUAUGCGAAGUUCAAAGAUCCACGGUAGAUGGUGGCAUGCAUGCUGAGGACCUGCCUUUUGAUAAUGGUCCCUGUUCUGGAUCAGUAUCUCCUCGUGUGGGUGAGCCAAGACAUGCCGCGGAACCCCAAGAAAAUAUCAGGGAUGCAUUUUCUGGGACAGGCGGUCCUGCUGGUCUUUGGCAUUUCAUGUAUCGGAGUAUUUUUCUCGACCAGUACGUCUCCUCAGAAUUUUCAUCACCAAUAAACACUGCAAAACAGCAGAAAAGACUGUAUAGAGCUUACCAGAAGCUUUACUUCUCAAUGCAUGACAAAGAAAUUGGGCCUCACAGAACUCAGUUUAGACGGGAUGAAAACUACGUUCUCCUCUGUUGGGUUACACCAGAUUUUGAGCUUUAUGCGGCAUUUGAUCCUCUUGCAGACAAGGCAUUGGCAAUAAAGAUUUGCAACAGGGUGUGCCAAUGGGUGAAGGAUGUAGAGAACGAAAUAUUCUUGUUGGGAGCCAGCCCUUUUUCUUGGUGAUUCACUCCAUGUGUUUAGGUAGAUGAUACACUGUAAGAUCUGUUUCUUUUCUUUGCUCAAAUAAGUAAUUGAGAAUACUAUAAGUCACCCCAACUCUCGCCCCACCUUCUCACAACAUCCACAUGCAUUCAAUAGCAAUGGGGUGUCUGUGGAUGUCUAUGAGAAUGUGGGGUACCCCACAUUCAAUGGCAAUGAGGUGUCUGUAGAUGUCUAUGACAAUGUGGGGUACCCCUAUCACGGUCCAUAAAUCUUUCCUUAUUUUUUUAAAAAUAUAUAGGCUCUCCAUAUUGUUGCAGUGUUCAAGAUUUACCUCUCUAACCAUGGCAAAAAUAUUAAUACCAAUUGUAAUGUCUAAAAUUGAGCUUUAUAUACUCAGUUUAACCUAACUCUAGAGAAGUUUUUUUAUAUACGCAGUACAUAGGAUUUUAGUGGAUUUUUUCAGGGCAGGCAGUGUUUGAAGCUGUAUAAUAAACUCUUGAUGACCCC